CUGAAAACCUCACGCUGUAGUCAUGCACAGAGCUCUCUUCGAUGCCCCACUCGACUAUGAACUUAUAUGCGAACUCGUACAGUUUAGGGGGUGUUCUGGAAAUGUUGUUUCCCGCAAGAAAAUCUUCGCCUGCUCGCCCACCCCCACUCUCACGAUAGAGCCCAUCGUUAGUGGGAACCUGCCUCCUGGGUUUGAUUCAAGCACAUGCCGCAGUGUGUAUGUUGGCAACAUCCAUCUUCAAGUCACAGAUUCACUACUGCAUGAAGUUUUCCAGAGUAUUGGUCCAGUUGAAGGGUGUAAGCUCAUCAGGAAAGAAAAGUCAUCUUUUGGUUUUGUUGACUAUUAUGACCGUAGAUAUGCUGCACUUGCUAUUGUGUCACUCAACGGUAGACAACUGUUUGGCCAGCCAAUAAAAGUCAAUUGGGCAUACGCAAGUACCCAGAGAGAGGAUACAUCAGGUCAUUUUAACAUCUUCGUCGGGGAUCUUUGCCCGGAGGUUACGGAUGCUGCUUUGUUUGCUUUUUUCUCGGCAUAUUCUACCUCUUCAGAUGCUAGAGUUAUGUGGGAUCAGCAGACUGGACGAUCCAGAGGUUUUGGUUUCGUUUCUUUUAGGAAUCAGCAGGAUGCACAAACUGCCAUAAAUGAAUUGAAUGGAAAGUGGCUUGGCAACCGCCAAAUUCGUUGCAAUUGGGCAACGAAGGGCGCUAAUGCUGGUGAAGAGAAGCAAAGUACAGACUCCAAGGGUGUGGUGGAGUUGAUAAACGGCUCAUCAGAGCCUGGCAAGGAGAAUGCAAAUGAAGAUGGUCCUGAAAAUAACCCACAGUAUACAACUGUUUAUGUUGGCAAUCUUCCCCAUGAUAUCAACAGCAAUGAUGUGCAUCGAUUUUUCCAUUUACUCGGGGCUGGGUCAAUUGAGGAGGUCCGUGUAACAUGCGAUAAAGGAUUUGGCUUUGUGAGAUAUAGUACCCAUGAAGAAGCUGCACAAGCAAUACAGACGGGUAAUGGCCAAUUUAUUGGCGGGAGGCAGAUCAAGUGCUCUUGGGGAAGCAAACCAACUCCACCAGGGACAGCAUCUGCGCCUCUGCCUCCUCCGGCAUUAGCGCCAUACACGCCUGGCGUGUCAGCAGUUGACCUCAUCUCCUACGAGCGAUCCCUUGCUCUGAGCAAGAUGGCUGCCAACCAGGCCCUGAUGGGUCAGCACGCCGCCCUGAGGCAGGCCGCGAUGGGUAUGGGCGCCGGCGCCAGCCAGGCCAUCUUUGACGGGGGCUUCCAGAGUAUCAACCCUCAGCAGCAGCAGCAGCAGCUCAUGUACUACUGAGUGUAUGAAGCAAGUAUGCUGGCGACGGAGGGGGCUACAACACCCUCCUUCCUAAUAUAUAUACAUAUAUGGUUGAUGAAGCCUCACCAGGGCCUUUUCUUUUGUUAUUACUAGUUCAACAUCGCAAUUAGUAAUUUACUAUCCUUCGCCGCUGUUAACGCUCCGGGUCGCCGGCUAUAUAUAGCACCAAUGUACUAACAUACGUAUCCCUGACGUGUUAAGAGUUGGGCAAUUCUUAUUUUUA